UAUUUGUGUGUAUUGUGAGUGCUGCAGUCAGUAUUGAUGAUGGGUUUUCUCGUAAGAAGUUUAUAUUAUGAUACAGCGUGAGCGUGAUGUGACGCAUUUUGUCUGAAGGAGCAUCUUUCGUGCCGUAAGCUAGCUUUAGCCAGAGACGUUAACAGACACAGUAACGUCAACAGACAGAAAGAUGUCUGGAUUCAGCGCUGAGCUAAUAGAGUACCUGGAGGGAAGGAUAACAUUUGAGGAGUUUGACAAGCGUAGAGACGAGCGGAAAGCUAAGGAGAUGGAGGUAUCUGCUGAUGGGGAAGAUGCUGAAGAUGCCGAAGAUGUGGAGGAUGAUGCUCAGCCCACUACCUCUAUACAAAUCCCGGGAAAAAUUGAGGAGGGAGUCAGUCCGGGCGUCCAGCUGGCUUUUGCCUCCAUGCUGGAAGAAAGGCCAGAACCACCAUCCUCAGAAGAGGACGAGGAAGAGGAGGACAGCUUGAGCUAUGUUGAUGAUGAAGAUGAUAAGGACUACAAGGUGGAGGAAGACGAGCGGCGGAAGGUGGAGGUGGAGGACCAGGAGGAGGAGACAGAGAAGAAGCCAAAGCGAAGGGGGAGAGGAGGGAGAGGACGGAAAGGACGGAGAAACAGGAACAGGAAGAGGAGAGGAUUGGAUGAGGAAGACGAGGAUGUGACAGUGGGGGACGUGUUCGCGCUGGAGAUGGAGCUGAACCGGGAAAACAAGAAGAUGAUGAGGGAGCGACGUCAUCGCAGCAAACUGCCCCGAGCUUUGAGAGGCUUGAUGGGAGAAGCCAACAUCCGCUACGCCAGAGGAGAGAAAGAGGACGCCAUCCUGAUGUGCAUGGAGAUCAUAAGACAGGCUCCUCUGGCCUAUGAGCCUUUCUCCACGUUGGCUAUGAUCUACGAGGAUGAUGAAGACAUGGACAAAGCGCUGCAGUUUGGUCUGAUCGCCGCCCACCUGAACCCCUCAGACUGUGACGAGUGGAUCAGACUGGCAGAAAUGUCUCUGGAGCAGGACAACAUCCGACAGGCCAUCGUCUGUUACACAAAGGCCAUUAAGUAUGACCCCACAAACAUACGCUAUGUGUGGGAGCGCUCCAGCCUCCACAUGCGUCUGGGCGAGCACAGACAGUGCAUGGACGGCUACCGCAGGAUCCUGUCACUGCUGCCGAUGGAGGACGGAGAACACUUCAUGCAGCUCUCCAAGGACAUGGCCAAAAGUUACUAUGAGAGUAAUGACUUGCCCUCAGCUCUGGGUGUAAUAGAGGAAGCUCUGGAGCGACACCCCAGCCUGGUCAGCGAUGACUUCAUCAACAUGGCAGCUGAACUCUAUAUCGCCAACCGCCAGUACAACAAGGCCCUGCAGGUCUUAGUUCAGUUUGCAGGUAUACUUUUGGUCAGGGUUGAAUCCAAAGUAGAGGCUGAAGUAUCAGAACAAGAGGAAAAAGUGGCAGAGAAGAUGGAUGAGGGACAAGAUCAGAACAAGGAAGAAUGCACAAAGUUGAAGACUGUAGAAGAAAAGGCUAAAGAAGAGAAUGGUGAUAUUCAGGAUGUGCAGGUACCAGACAGUGUCCCAGUGGACCUGAGGGCCAAGCUAAUUGUCUGCCUCAUACACCUGCGUGUCCUCACACCCUUGGAGGGACUUGUGUCAACGCUGAUGGAGCAGAGUCCAGAGGAGAUUGGUGACUUAUACCUGGAUGUAGGUGAAGCCUACUUGGAAGAGGGCGAGUACAUGACUGCUCUGCCUCUGCUGUCAGCCCUCAUCAUAUCCGAGAAGUACAACCUGGCUGUCGUCUGGCUCCGACAUGCAGAGUGUCUGAAGGCGCUGGGCCAAAUGGAGGCGGCGGCCGAGAGCUAUACUAAGGUGGUGGAAAUGGCUCCGCUGCACCUGGAGGCUCGGCUCUCACUGGCCACUCUGCAGCAGCAGCUUGGCCGGCCGGAGUGUGCCCUCAAGGCGCUGGAGUCCAUGUAUGACAGUGACACGUUGGCACAGGACUCGUCAGCCUCGCAAAAGGAAUUAAAGCUGCUGCUGCAUCGUUCCACACUGCUGAAGACUCAGGGACAAACCCAGGACUACCUGGAUGCUAUGAUCACUAUGAUCUCCAUGCUUCUAAAGGUGGCCAUGCAGCGAGCUAAGGUGUGUGUGCGCUCUGUAAUCGUGUCAGGCAAGAAUCACCUGAGAAUAGUGAAGGCCAAAGGCUCACUGCCAGAGAUUGCUGACCAUGAAGCAGCUUAUCUGGACAACACUGGUAAAACCAAUGUUUUGUCCAGAGAAGACUGGUGGCAGCUGCUGGUGAGCUGCGUGCUCACACUGUGUGAGGCGGAGCGCUACGAGGAGGCCGAGCUGCUGGUCGAGUCCGCCAUGGAGUUCUACUCCUUCUACGACAACAAGCCCAGGAGGAAGGAGAUGGAGUUCUUCGGCCUGUCCGCAACCAUCCUCGACCACAACUACUACAAGGCCUACAACUACAUCAGAUUAAUGCUGAUGGAAAAUGUGGAUCUGCCUCAGCUUUGGAAUAUUUUCAACCAGCUGACAAUUACCUCUCAGCACCAGCGCCACCAUCGCUUCUGCCUGCGUCUGCUGCUAAAACAUCCUGACAACCAUGCCCUGUGUGUUCUCUGCGGACACAACGCCAUGGUGUCUGGGAGCUUCAAACAUGCUUUAGGCCAGUAUGUUCAGGCCUUCCAGACUCACCCCAGCAACCCACUCUACAGCCUGUGUGUGGGUCUCACCUUCUUCCACAUGGCAUCUCAGAAAUAUGUCGCCAAACGACACGCGUUAGUGCUGCAGGGUUUCUCCUUUCUGUGGCGGUAUGUGGAGCUGCGUGGAGAGUGUCAGGAGAGCAUGUAUAACCUGGGCAGAGCGCUGCACCAGAUGGGCCUCACACAUUUGGCCUUACAUUACUACCAGAAGGCACUUGCAAAGCCUCCUCUGAAGCUGGAGGGUAUCCCUGAAGAUCAGGUGGAUCUAAGGAGGGAAAUUGCCUUCAACCUCUCUCUCAUCUAUCAGGCCAGCGGGAACAUGGACAUGGCCCGCCAGCUCAUCAACACAUACUGCAUUGUUUGACAUAGCACACAAUUGGUUCAUUAUCUUUGCCAGUGUUUUUGAUUAUUAAUUUUGGGCCUCAUAUCCAAUCCUUGCGAAUGCUGCCUUUUAGAAAAAUAUGGAGGACUAAAAAUGAUUUAUUCAUGAAGUAACAAAUACAUAAAUAAGUACUGAAAUAAACAAAUAUUUAAUUAACAAAUUAAUAAAUAUUUCUGCAAAUUACAACUACUUCUGUUAUCUCUACAAUAUUUUUUUAAAAUGUAUUUAUGGUCCUAUGAGAUGCAUUAUUUGCAUGUUAGUGGUGAAGUUAUGAAAUGGUCAGCAUGGUCUGGUUAUUUAUUGUCAAAUGAACAACAAUUGCAAGAGCAGAUGUUACCUCAUUAACAGAUGGAGGUACAGAAAAUAAAGUAAAAAUUGUA